GAACCGAAGUAUUCAGGAUACCUAACAUCAGAGCAGGCACUUGCAGACUAUGCAGAACUUAUUGCAUACUUAAAAGAUAAUAUUCCUGGAGCAGAGUUGAGUCCAGUUAUUGUAUUUGGAGGCUCUUAUGGCGGAAUGUUAGCAGCUUGGUUCCGUAUGAAGUAUCCACACAUAGUGCAAGGGGCUAUUGCUGCCUCAGCACCAAUCCUCCAGUUUACAGACAUCACUCCUUACGAAGACUUUGCUAAAGUGGUGACAGCUGACUUUGCUAAAGAGUCUGCCGAAUGUGUAGAAGUCAUCAGGAAGUCUUGGAGUGCAAUCAACGAAGUCACUGCAGAUGAUGCUGGCAAGACAUGGUUGAGUGACACUUGGAAUCUUUGUGACCCUCUUGUGUCAGAAGGUAAUGUUACAGAUUUGAAAUACUAUUUGAUGAAUGUGUGGACCAAUCUUGCCAUGGUGGACUAUCCUUAUCCUGCGGAUUUCUUAGCUCCUCUGCCCGCAUAUCCAAUUAAGGUUGUGUGCUCUCAUUUGACUGACUCCAGGAAAGAUCCUAAGCCUCUUUUAGAAGAACUGUUUGAUGGACUUACAGUGUACUUCAACUUCACUGGGAAAACUGAGUGUUUGAAUUACAAGCAGCAGGCUGAUGAGAGAUUAAAUGACCAAGGAUGGGAUUUUCAGGCCUGUACAGAAAUGGUGAUGCCGUUUACUUAUGAUGGCGUCAAUGAUUUCUUUGAGCCAAGCACUUGGGAUUUGGAAGCGUAUUCAGAGCAGUGCAAAGCAAAGUGGGGCGUUACCCCUCGUCCACGAAUGGCCCAACUUAUAUAUGGUGGAAUGGAAAUUGAGGCAUCAAGCAACAUAGUGUUUAGUAAUGGCUUACUGGAUCCUUGGUCAUCUGGUGGUGUCAUGUGGAAUGUUUCAGAAACUGUUGUUUCAGUAAUCAUCCCAGAAGGUGCUCACCAUCUGGAUCUCAGGAGCUCUCAUCCUGAUGACCCUCAGUCUGUGAUCGAUGCCAGACUUGAGGAGAAGCAUCACAUCAAGAAGUGGAUUGAUAGUUAUAUGGAGCUGGUUUCAGAGGACAUGAUAUAAUAAAAUGUUGUAUAAUGUAUUUCAGCAAGGAAACUUAGGCUAUUGAAUUUUGUGAGAAAGGUAUAAUAAUGCUUUGCUUACUGAUUUUUGUGGGAUAUAAUCUGGACUUAUUCCAGCAAAAUUCUCAUUCUCUAAUUAAAAGAAUACUUAACAUAUUUCCUGUAAGAUACAAAAAUGGUUCACAAAUAAUCUGUGAUAUGCAUGGAGUCUUCGAUGGGUGAUUCUGGAAUAUUUUGCGACUUUCGUUGCAGUGUGCUGUGAUAUGUAGUUCCUUUUAACCUGGAAAACUUGUGCUGUGACUUCAUUGCAUUUUGGUCAGUAAAAAUCAGAAUAUAAAUAGCCUAUUAUCCAUUAGUUUUUUUAAAUCUUUGUAAUUCCUUGUAACAUAUCUUUGAAAAAUAACAUGUAGGUAUGCAUCCUAUCAUUCAUAUGAGUCUUUAGAAACAUUGUGAUUAUAAAGUUGUUUGUGCAAAAGGUUUGUACCUCACUUAAAGAUAAAAACAAAUAUUUUAAAAAACCUGCCAAUCAUUUUGUUUAAUGGAAAAUCUGUUGAACAAAUCUUUUAGCAUUUUAUGUGCUUGUUAUUAAAGUUUUCAUAUUCAUUGUUACCUUGCUGUUGCAAUUUUAAUAGAAAAUAAAAUUCUGAAAGACA